UCCAUUUGUUCGCGAGAGGUAGUGAGAACCAGUGUCCACAGCAGGAUCCUAGACUCUCUGCAGACUUGACGCUGCCGUCGUCUCCAUCAUGGCUGGUCAGCAGUUUACCAACAAGCUUCAGGAGGAGGUGAUCUGCCCCAUCUGCAUGGAUAUCCUGCAGGACCCUGCUACCAUCGACUGUGGGCACAGUUUCUGCCUCCAAUGCAUCAUGCGGAGCAGGGAAGAAUUGGACAGCGUUAUUAAAUGUCCCCUCUGCAACAAAAUUGUGAAGAGGGACACGAUAAGGCCCAACUGGCUGUUGGUGAAUCUGGUGGAGAAAAUCCAAGCUAUGGAUCCCUCCGAGGAACAGCCAGAAGUGAAAGAGCUGAAAUGUCCGAAGCACGGGGAGAGGUUUCAUUACUUCUGUGAGUCCGAUGGGAAUGUCCUCUGCGUGGUGUGUUGUGGAUCCAAGGACCACAAAUUCCACAACACAAUUUUGCUAGAAGAAGCUGCCCAGAGUUUUCAGGGGCAGAUUCAAUCACAGGUGGAGGCCCUGCUGCAAAAGGAGAGGGCGAUCAUUCAAAUGAAGUUACAAGGUGACCAGAGGAUCACUGCCUUGAUGGCCCAGAUCGAACAGGAGAAGCAAAAGAUCAGCACGGUAUUCGAACAGCUGCUUCAGGCGUUGAAGGAGGAGAAGAACUUCCUCCUGUCUCGGAUCAACUGGCUGGAUCAGGAGAUGGCCAAGGACAGGAACUCCUACCUUGCUUCCGCCGAGGCGCAGCUGCAGUCUCUCAGGAAGCUUAAGGAUUCCCUGAAGGCCAGGCAGCAUCUGCCGCCCAGAGAGAUGCUCCAGGACAUCAAAUCUGUCUUGAGCAGGAGCGCAGGAUUUAAAUUUCUCAGCCCACCUCCUGUUUCAGUGGACCUGGAGAAAAAACUCAACGAAAUCAAAUUACGGCAUGAAUCCCUUAUAGAGAGCCUAAAGAAAUUCCAAGACAAAUGCCAGGCUGAUGGCAAGAAAGAUAAAAGCAGAUUUCUCAAAGGCCUGGAUAAGCACUAUAUAAAGAGCUGGUGCCUGUUAGAGAAAAGCAAUCCUACACCGAUGGCAACCUUGGAGCCUGAGUUAAGCCCUUCAGAUGAUGGAAACGCUAAACCACUACUUCCAAAGCUCAAACUAUCACCUUCACUGCCCAACCUGUUCCGGAGCCAAAGCCGGGCCUCUAUUGCCUCAUUUGUUUUCUAUUCAAACGAAGACAGCUCUGAAGACCCGGGAAGCCCUGGAGCUGCGUGGACUGAAGAGCUCAAGGCGGCGCUGACCCCAGUGACCCUGGAUGCGGCCUCGGCUCACCCGGACCUCAUCAUUUCCCAGGAUCUGAAGACAGUGACGCUGGACCCUGUUCCUCAAAGUCGCUGUGCUGAACCCACUGACCCUGCUCGCUUCCAUCCAUUCCGCUGUGUUCUGGGCUUGCCAGGCCUCUCCUCGGGCUGCCAGACCUGGGAGGCGGAGCUUGAAGGGCCUGAAGGCGGGGGCUGCUUGGUGGGCGUGGCCUCGGAGCUGGUAACGCGGAGGGGCCCCCUGAUGAUCGAACCCUUGGCUGGCUUCUGGGUGCUGCGCAUUGUGGGUUUCGACUGCCAGGCGCUCACCGAGGGUGGCACCCGGGAGGAACUCUCAGUCCGUCCCAGGAAAGUGGGGGUCCACGUGAAUCACGAGGGCGGAGAAGUCGUCUUCUACGACUCCAUCACAAGCAGCCGCAUCUACACCUUCCACACCUCCUUUCCAGGGCAGGUCUUACCCUUUUUCCGGCUUCUUUUUCCGGGCACCCAGAUCACCUUGAGUCCCUAGAGUUCUUUUGCCUUCCUCUCGGUCUCCUCCCCGUUACCCCCUCACUUUGGGAUGCGCUGUAGCUGGUAUGUAGGGUUGAAGCUAGACUUCCAGGAGCCCUUUGCACACUUCAUGCUCCCUAAUCCAGGCCUGUUGCCUCUGAUCCCGCUUUAAAUUUUCCUUUGGUCUUUCAGUCCCCCUUUCCCCCCAACAUGCCUAGGUUGAAAAGAAAGUUUCAAAUACAGGACAAAACUCCA